CUUCACUUUGCGUGAAGAUCUCUAAGCACUGCAGAUCCUUACGGACCCAACGCAUUUCUUAAAAGGCAACAGGGGCCUGAUCAGCCUCUGGCCUCUCCCCGUCGCCAAUAGAUUCCUAGACGUAUCCCUCCCUGCGCGCAAAAAGAGACGGACCCACGGAGUUUUGACAACUCCGUAGGAGAUCGAGCUUGUCGUGGUCCUCAAACGAGGAUUUAAGCGGAGCUGUGCCUGGAAAACUGUCCAGCCUACACCAUGACCAUCUUUGGUGUAAGUAAACAAUCUUGAAUCAACCACUAAGCGUCCAUGACUAAUUCUAGCUCACCCCCCGGUUUUCUCCGACCCCGCGUGCCCGGGCUGCUGGCCACAGCCCGCAUGCACAAAAUGGGCCGUGGAUCGCUCCCGGCCCGCACAUAGAACAUAAUUAUUGUGAUUCUGGGUCCAAACUGUUGUCCAUCCUUUCUCUAGCUGUGGCUGACAUAACUUCCCCAGAAAAAAGGUGCAAAAAAGCGCACUAUCCAAAUGAGCCAUAAUCUGCCUUUCAUUCUGAUCUCUCAUAGAGAUUGGCUUAAACUCUGGGCCAUGAAGUUAUAGUUCCAUUUAACUGCUUUUCUUGUUAGCAUGAUGUUAUAACUCUUGAUAUUCUUCUUACCCUUCUACAUGUUUAAGCCCUCUUGAAAUCAUGUUGCAAGUUUCUUAGUGUAGUGAACUUGUCAUUCUUUUAUCUCAAAAAGAAAAAGAAAAAAUGUAAAGUCUAAGAAGGAAUACCUCGAGAUGACGACUGCUUCAGCUGUGCUGCUGCUUUCCUUGCCAUUGCUCUCUGUAACCUAACCUAAACUAUGUCUCUUUACUGUCGUUCAGGGAAAAAUACACUGAUUUAUGCACAUAAUCGAUAAUUAAAACUGAAGAUUUCAAGACCACUGGAGUCUCAGAGUAGCCUAGGCAUAUUGUUGAGAUCCUGGUGGUUUCUGUGACUGACACACUAAAUGGGGGAGCACAACUGAAAGCAUCACUUGGAGUUACAGAAUAAGUUGAAUUUGUGGACCCAGCUCUGCAGCUGUGCUGAAGAUUUUGGCAAAGAGAGUGUGCUACAAGUAACAAUGUGGGAACCAAGGUUUGUGAGGUACUAGGAUGCCAUGAUUUUAAAAACGACACAUGGGAAGUGGUUAUAUACAAUAGAAACCACUCCAGCAGGUCUCCUCCAGUGGAGGAUGGUGCUGUGUAGGGGAAGGUCACAUGAUGACUGCAUCUGUGGGUGUUAGAGCCACUAAAAGGGAAGAUCUAAAGCCUUUAUGGUGAUGAAGCAGGAGCUGCUGUCUUGGGAUUUCUUUUCAAGAUCUAUAACAGUUGGCAUGGCCUGGUGUAUUCUAAAGCUACAAUGAUCUUUCCUUUCAGAGAUGCCUUUACAGACCUGAUCUAAGACAAAAAGUUCCUGGUAGAAAUGGCUGAACAUUAUGCAUAGAUAAAUAGGGCUGAGCUCCAUCAGGAGGGCCAGUCUGAGCAAAGCUGGGUUUACCUGCAAAGCCAUCUAAUUAGCCCCAAACUGAAUGUGCAGAUUGUAUUCCUAUGAUACCCAAGCCAGUGCAAGAUGUAGUCAUGAGAAGAUAAAAUGGGGGGUGAAGGGUACCUCAUAAAAUCAUCUAGUCCAACUCUUUCUGUUGUAGUCAGGAUCACCUCUAUCUAAACAAUCCCAGACUAAUUUUUGGCUAAUCUGCAUUUAAGAACUUCCAGUGAUGGAGAUUCCACAUCUCCCUGGAGCUGUAGGGUAGGAGUGGGGCUCGGUACCGCAAGCACAGGAUUGUGUUCAGUGAUGUAACAGUCAGGAGUUAUUUCUGGAGAGAGGUGGAAGCUUCAGGUUAAGCAAGGGAAAGGUAAAUUUCUGACCUUAGUGAAAGGAGAGCUAUGAUCAUUACAUAUCUCUGUAUGAUCAUUACGUAUCUCUCAGUCUGCACAAGGCUAUUUGUGCUGAACAUCACAUGGCCAUUUUGACCUGACUGAGACAGGGUGAAGCCUCGGCAGCUAGGAGUCCCCUGCAAGUCCAGGUUUGGCAGCCUGUUCUGACCUGGGGCUAAUGCAUCUUCAUUCAUUCAGGCUCUGCUACGGUUUAUUCCCUUGGCAUAUCUGCAAUCAGCGUGAUUUAAAGAUUUUAAAUGCGUUUAGGAACAUCAAUCCUAUUGACUGGAGAAUUGGGUAUCUAAAAUACUUUUUAAGAACCUGCCUCUUGGGAACCACAAGCAAUAGUAGUCAUUGAAAGUGGCUCACUGCCAGGGAUUUUUUUUUUUAUUCCCAAGGCAGAAAAAUCAAAUUCAGCUAGACUCUUUAAGUGACAAUAUAAGCUAAGUAAGCAAUUUAGUCUUCCUGCAUCUUCAGAUAAUUUCUGGAAUUAAAUCACGAGUAUUGAUGUUAUUUGCUUGCACUAUUACACAGCUAUAGACAGAUUUUUGCCAACACAUCGUUAUCUCAAAAUUAAUAUAUGCCAGCCAAAAAGAUUUAUUUCUAGGAAAAAAAUUUGCAAAAUAUUGCAAAGACUGAAUUAGCAGCUGGAUUUUUUCUUUCUACCUUCAUAGUACAGAAAUUUAUUGACAAAGUUUAUCCAGGUAUUUUUGACCAUGGAUGGCGCUCCAAUGUUGUGCAAACAUGUGCAACUAAAAUAGUUUUAGAUUAGGGUAAAAAAAAUCAGAUCAGUGUGUUAACUGACGUUCCUUUCCUUAUCCUCCACCCUCUUUAAACAGUGCUGCUAUUUUACAGCAAUAGAAACCCAUUCAGGUUUUUGCAACUGACUCCGCUACAGACGUCUACUAAUUUAAGAGGAAGAAGAGGGAAGAGAAAAGGUAACUUCCACAGUGAAAUUAAAUAGCCACAAAACAAAAUAAUUCCAAUGCAUUUAAUUUCAUGGCAAUACAAGUGAUCUUUUGAAUUUCUGCCACUUAAAAUUUCACUCUUAUUUAUAAAUUUCACUAUUUUUUAGUAUUUGUAAUUUUUUGCAAUUAAUCUGUAAGGAGAGAGUUGAGAGAAUUGUAAAAUUCUUGUUUGGCCUUUGCUGAAAAUAAGGCACUGCAACAUACUUUUUGGUGUACAAUAAAAUAAUGUAUUUUGCAUAAGUAUUGAUGUGUUCUGAUACAUUUCAGUUGUAUAGAUUAUAUUUCAGAAACAGGAAUAAGAACUUGCAGGGAAGAUGAAGUUUAUCUUUAUUGGCUUAGUUUUCUUCUGCAUGCUGAUGAACAUGUUAACAGAUGCUCGGCCGAUUCAAGAUGAAGAUGAUCCCUAUCAAGUACCUGCCUCCAUGCCCUACUGGCCUUUCUGGUCUAAUGAUUUCUGGUCAUAUGUGGAGUAUUUCCGGACCCUGGGAGCAUACAACAGAAUCAAUGAAAUGGCCAGAACCUUCUUUGCUCACUACCCUAUUGGAAAUGGCCUUGGUUACCAUGUUCCAGCUUAUGAACACUAGUGACUUUACUCAUUUUGCUAAUGCUAAUGAUGAGGUAUUUAAAGGAAUGUACUGCUGCCAGUAAACUCGUGAAUUGCCAGUUCAGUCACUUCUGUCAUUUCUAUGCUUUUUAACUGUUUGAGUAUCAUAUACUGUAUAGUAUUUGCUUUUUUGUAAAAUUGCACAUGAUUUUAGUGUAGUUUAUAUUUUUAAUUCAAUGUAUACCUUUGUGCAAAUAUAAU